AGCAAAAUACCAUAAGUUAAAGUAUGGAACAGAUUUAGUACAGGGGGACAUGAAUCCCCCAGUGGAAGAGGGAGGAGAAGAAGUACGGGUAGACACUGACGCUAUCCUCUCUACCAACACUAAUGUAUCCUGGAAGCAAUCCAGACAACUUCUUAGACAGUAUCUACAAGAAAUUGGGUACACAGACACAAUCAUAGACUUACGAAGCAAUAGAGUAAGAUCAUUAUUAGGAAUCAGCAGUGGAGAAAAUGAGGAGAACCACAACAACACCCCUGCCAUGAAUGGGUCAGAUACAACCAAGAGGCAACCUGACUCCAACCGAUGGAAUGUUCCUAAGAAGCCACAGUCAACACUUGAGGCUCAGAUUCGUGACACAGAAAAAGCUGUAAUGGAGAGCUUUGAUUUCUUAAAACAGGAAGAUAUGGAGAUGGAGGAAGAUGAUGAUGAGGAAGAAGUUGAGGAGGAGGAUGACGUUCAAAGACUCAAGAGCCCAAAAACACUUGAUGAUGACGUGGAUGGAGAAACUGAGCUAGACAAUGAAUUUCGCUUCAUCCCAGAAAUGGAAGACACCUCACCUGGAUUUGGAUUUGGCCCAGGCACUCGAGGGACCUUUGUGAGACCAGGUGGUGAGGAAGAUGCCUUAGAGGGACUGGGAGAACUUGCACAGCUCACAGUUACUAAUGAGGCUGAUGCUACAUAUGAUCAGAUAUCAACCAAAGAGAACUUCCGAAAGACUUGGACAGCUAAAUACACUCUGCGAUCACACUUUGAUGGAGUCCGUGCUCUGUGUUUCCACCCUCAAGAACCCACUCUCAUAACAGCUUCAGAGGAUGCCACAUUAAAGUUGUGGAACCUUCAGAAAACUGUGCCAGCAAAGAAGUCAGCAUCUUUGGAUGUAGAGCCCGUUUACACAUUCAGGGGACAUCUUGGCCCGGUUCUCUGUUUAGCAAUGAACAGUGACGGAGAGAAGUGUUAUUCAGGAGGAAUUGACGGCACCAUACGCAUCUGGAAUAUACCUUCCUCUAAUAUUGAUCCUUAUGACUCAUAUGAUCCAAGUGUGGUUGGGGGCAGUUUAUCAGGGCACACAGAUGCAGUAUGGGGCCUGACAUUCCAUGCGCAGCGUCAUCACCUUCUUUCAUGUGGGGCGGAUUCAACAGUUCGUCUUUGGUCAGCUGAUGCUCGCAACCCACUCCUUUACACAUAUGCUGUUGAGAAAGAUGGAAUUCCAACAUCAGUUGAUUUUGUAUAUGAGUCUACCAAUCAGUUUGUGUGCAGCUUUAAUACAGCAAACUGUGUCAUAUUUGACCUGGAGACAGGAAAACCAGUCAUGCGUCUUGAUACAGAACCAGACCAGGGCAGCAAUUCUCUCAACCGACAGAUUAAUAGGGUUGUGUCCCAUCCAACUCUGCCUCUGACCAUCACUGGGCACGAAGACCGCCACAUCAGGUUCUGGGACAACAACAGUGGACGUCUGGUUCAGUCUAUGGUGGCUCAUCUAGAUUCUGUCACAUCACUAGCCGUAGAUCCCAAUGGGCUCUACCUUCUCUCAGGCAGUCACGACUGCAGCAUUCGCCUGUGGCAGCUCGACAGCAAACAGUGUGUUCAGGAGAUCACAGCUCAUAGGAAGAAGUUUGAUGAAAGCAUAUUUGAUGUGGCCUUCCAUCCUAGCAAGCCGUACAUAGCAAGUGCUGGAGCUGAUGCACUAGCCAAAGUCUUCGUAUGAUUAGAGAAUCCUAAUGGUAACCCUAAACCUGAAUUUAGGCCACGAGUUGUGAGUGGGUGAGCAGAUUCCUGGGCUACAAUAAAUUUCUGACAUCUGUGACUUUCAGUGGAUCUGGUGUUUGAAAGGAAUGUGACAUGUGGAGAAAGUUGUGGUAUCUUCAAGAGCAGGACUUGUUGUAUAUUUCUGUAACAAAUCCUAAAAUUACCUAGCUGAUAUAUGCUGCUGAACCUUUCAUGUAUGAAGCAGAUAUGUAGAGUAGUUGGAAACAUCAGAAAAUGUGUGUCUUCUGAUCUUUGUGAAGGACAGCCUGUGUUGACACACACUCACCCAACACACUCAGCUUUGCCAAAAUUUACUUUCAGUCUCCCAAGUCUGAAUCAGUGAUUACUGUCUGUGGUUCUCACACUGAUUGGAACCUAAUAUUUAAUGGUGAAGCACUGAAAUUAAAGGUGCCAGUUGCCCAUAAAAUAUACCCAUACAUAGGAUAUUCUUAUCUAAUUGAUUGGGACAGAAUUGGGGGUUGAUUGUGGUAGCCAAGAAUCAGCUCAGCUCAAGCCAUAAUACUCUACAUAUUUACCCAGCUCCAAUUUCAAGCAAAAGAACAAGUCAUGCAAAGAAAGUGUGUUUGUGUAUACGAGUCCUGGGUAUAGUGAUGUGACCAGCCAGUGAGAAAGUAAGAAAGUGCUAAUGGAAAGUCUGCAUAUUUUGUAUAUUGCUACCUUAAGUUGAUAUUUCCAUCAUGAAGACAGAAUUGAGAUUGCAGAAGACUUCAUAGCACCUUAUGGUUUCGUGUUUAGGAUUUCUAAACAUUCUGCAGUUGUAGUUAAACAUCAAGUUUGGUCACGAUAACAUCUGUUCAAUAGUUUGAUUAGGCUUAUGUGAUUGAACUGAUACAAUGCUUGACUAGUCUUGUGGGGUCAGCGUGGAAGUUGCCCUACAGUUCAUGAAAAUGGCUUGCACGCAGACUUCAAUCAUGGGAUGGUUUACAUUCUUAUAUUUAUCUGUAAAUAAGACCGUUCACUUCUUGCUCAUAUUAGUAGGCAUAUGUAUUUGCCGAAUUUUGUUGGGAAAAAAUUUGGUUUGUCAUAUACAUUAUGGAAUUCUUUGUUUAGACAAAACCUCUUCAAAUGUAGGUUUUACAAAGGGUAAUGAAGCCCUUUGUGAACUUGUUCUCCAGUGAUGCAGUGUAGUUCCAUCAAAUAUUUUGAUCUGAGCUAUAACUACAGAGUGAACUUACGGAGUUCUGCAAAAUUACUAACUAUACAUCAUAAUACACUUCGUAAUGUGAUGUCAGGGAGUAAAAACUGAACGUAAAAUAAAACGAUUUGUUUUCCCAUCAAAGUUUGGAUCAACCCACCCUCAUUGCAAUUUUCAUAAGCAUUCAAAUCAUUAUAUGUGACAAUACCAGAAAUUAUGAAAUCUGAUUGUAAAAUUUGUGUGCAUUAAAGAUAAUAAAGAAUUUUCCAAGGGCAGGUUCAUAGGUCAGAUUGGUAAAGUUCAUCGGUUUACUUCUCAUUUUUAAACUUCUCUUCCGUCAUACUCUUGUUUUUCAUGUCCCAUUUAGACCCCUUGUUGAUAUUUGGAAUUAUGUAAUGUGGCACCAAAGUUUGAUUUUAAUUUUAUCUCUGAUGAUAAGGUCUAGUGUUGUCAUGUGUAUUGAGUGGCAUUGCACACUACCAUUAUAAUUAUCAGUUCAUUGCUUCUUAAUGGGAAAUUGUUUGAGGGCUUGUGGUUACACAGUAAAAGCCUGACUGAUUUUCAUUUUAUAUUGAUUCUUAUUUUGCUUAAGUUUUGCCAUGUAAACCCCCAUGUCAACUUAAAAUGAGGAGUUCUUGAUAAGUACAUCUCUCACUUAUGCAUUGCAUAUUAUGUGUGACUUGUUGAAACUUUUUCUAAUAAACUGAAUGGCAUGGACGUGCAAGAGAAUUGUAAAUUAAUAUAAAUAUCUGAUAUGUGUAAUUUAUUAUUAAUAUUAUUUUCUUUUAUGAAAGAAGAACAAGAUCCAGGUAUGGUGCCUCCGCAUAAUGAUUUUGAUGGGUGAAUCUCUGAAGUAUAAGUGGACAUUAUCAUUAUGCUGAGGAUGAUCCUCACAGCCACAGAGGCAUUGUUACUCGUACAUGACUGACUGUAAGAUAAUGUAAGUGAUCUGCAUUGAUAGGCAGCAUCAAGGCCAUUAGUACGAGUCUCAUCCGUCAUCGUGAUAAAUGCUGAUGGCUGCAGAAACUUCUCAGGUUAGGAAAAUAGAUGUGUCAAGUACCUUCAUAACCUCAAGUAGGGAGGCUCCAAGAAUUGACGUUUUGGUGAACAAUUUUUUUGGUGGUAACUACUUGGGUAGUAUUAGUAACCGGCUUGUUGUUAAUCUUUGCACCAAGAAACCCUUUCCCCUAUUAUACGCAAGACUAAAUAAAUGUUAGACCCCCGAUGUUGACUAUGAAUGCAGGUGUCAGUAUGUCAGGUUCAUUUUCAAACUUUCUUUCUUCAGCCAUUUAAAAUGAAAUGUUACUGUCAGGAAGAAAAUAUUGCACAUUAUAUUCUUGUGUUGAUUUUCUCUACAGUAUAGAGCAGAAAAGUAUAUUGUAACAUCACAAUUUACAUAUAAUGAAAUUGAUUUUGCA